AAUAUAUUUUUCCAGAGUUCUAGACAGCCACACAGACACAUAUUCCUCUCUCUCUCUCUCUCACUACAAACCCGAGGCAGCAUCCUUUCCUUCGAUAAAUAAAUUAAAACAAAAUUACUACAUCAUAAAUCUAUCCUCACCCACUCUGUCGAACAGAUUAAACCCACCUCAAGAAUUACGAAAAGCACACUUCUUUUUUCUUCUUCUUCUUCUUCUUCAGUAGUCGUCGCCAUGGCUCUGAUGCUCGACAGCUGUGAAGGAAUGCUGCUGUCCAUCGACUCCCACAAGUCAGUCCCGGCGCCGUUCCUCACGAAAACUUACCAGCUCGUCGACGACGCCGCCACCGACCACAUCGUCUCCUGGGGAGAAGACGAAUCAACGUUCGUCGUGUGGCGGCCGCCGGAGUUCGCACGUGACCUCCUCCCUAACUAUUUCAAGCACAAUAACUUCUCCAGCUUCGUCCGCCAGCUCAACACUUAUGGUUUCAGAAAAAUCGUGCCGGACAGAUGGGAGUUCGCCAAUGAGUUCUUCAGAAAAGGGGAGAAGCACUUGCUCUGCGAGAUCCACCGCCGGAAAACAUCUCAGCCGCAGGUCGCCAUCAAUCACCACCACCACCACCACCCAUCUCUACCUCACCACCACCACCACCAAAUCCAUGGCGGCCAGGGCUUUUUCCACUACCCCAGCACCAGAGUCAGCAUCUCCCCACCCGAUUCCGACGAGGCCUUCCCCCCGUGCCACCACUGGCCGACUGACUCUCCGCCGUCCCCCUGCGGAUUAGGGUACAACAACAACCACCACCACGGCGGCGAAUCGUACACUGCACUUUCUGAAGACAAUGAAAGGCUUAGAAAAAACAACAACAUGCUCAUCUCCGAAAUAACCCGAAUGAGGAAGCUGUACAACGACAUUAUCUACUUUGUCCAGAACCAUGUCAAGCCCGUAGCUCCCAGCAACUCCUAUGACUCAUCUUUCUUUCUCUGCAACUCAUCGUCUUCAUCGCCUGCACCUCCUAACAAUCCCAUCAAACCCUCUUCGAUGAUUUUGCAAAAGCCAUUGAAUCAAAGGCUUUCCACGCACCACCAGAUGCCACCAAAGACCACUAAGGAAGGUAACAGAUUUUGGGGCUCAUUCAACUUCAAAUCUUCGAAUUCUCCCAGCAAGACUUCGCAGAGCAGCGUCACCAUUGUCGAAGAGCCAGGUGGUGCAGACAGUGAGCCCUGCAAAACUAAGCUGUUUGGGGUGUCAUUGGGUUCCAAGAAAAGAUCACACCCGGAAUACAACAAUUCAUCUUCUUCUGUCGAGACAAACAAGACACGAUUGGUACUUGAGAAGGGGGAUUUGGGGUUGAAUCUAAUGCCUCAUUCAGAAUGUUAGCUUUACUUUACACAAACCCCUCCUUCAAUAUUCUCUACUGGGAAGAAAAAAAAUCAUGAUAUUAAUAUCAAUCCUUUAUUGUUACAUCUUUAGCUAUCUUUUUUUCAUUUUCUGAUUUUCUCUUCUUGAUUAGACAGACCUUCGUGUUUCUAAGGGAAUAUAUAUAUAUAUCAUUAUUGUGUCAGUGACCUUGAUUUGAUUCUCUGUAAAUAUGACCAUCUUCGUUCUUAUAUGUAUGAUCUUGUUCCCUCAGCCAUGGCGUGCUGAUGGGUUUUGAUAGAGUGAAAAAAUCGAAUCAUAUAUAUCAAUAU